CCAGCUGCGGCCAGCACGUCAGACGUCGGCGCACAUCCCCUUGCUCUAAAACGACCAUCUCGUCUCCCAAUUUCUUCAACUAAGAAAAGAACUGCACGAUGACCAUAUAUUACAGCCUUACCUUUGGGCUUCUUGCGGCUGAGAUGAUCACCUUCUGUGUGCUCGUCGCUCCUCUUCCCUACGUUGUUCGCAAAAAGCUUUUCCAUUUCCUAUCUGAAAGCGUUAUUGUCGCCAAACUUGCGUAUGCCCUCAAGAUUAGUUUCAUUUUUGUGGGCAUAUUAUUCUUCGAUGCACUCCAAAGAAUGUUCCGUAUCACCGCGGAAACCGAUAUGGCCAGAUCCGGCUCUCAGGGUGUCAACGAUGUUAGGACAGAGACCAACCUCGCCGCCAGGAAAUUCUAUGCACAGAGGAAUACGUAUCUGACAGGGUUUACGCUGUUCCUUUCCCUCGUCCUUACACGAACCUUCUACAUCAACCUUGACCUUAUCCACGCCCAGGAAGAAUACGCGAAGCUCAAGGGCACUGACGCGAAGAAUACAAAGGGCAAGGCCACUCCCUCUGUUUCAGAUGCCGACAAAGACAAGGAGAUUGCGGCUCUCAAGGCUAAAUUGCGCGAUUUUGAAACGCUUAAAUCUCAGGCCAAAUCUCAAGCCGACGAGUACAACCGUCUCGCAGACAGGUAUAACAAACUUACCGGCGAGAAGACCUCUAAUAAAAAGGCAGACUGAUGGAAGCUUUGGGAUAUUGGAUGGUUUAAAGCACCUUAUACCGUAGUUUGGAAUGACUGUCUUGACCAUUUCUUGGCAAAAAACAUGUUUCUUUUGCGCUACUGCAAACCUUGU